GUGUUCCAACCUCGUUCACCAUCUUUAAGAUAAUUGCAACCUAAUCAUGUCAUAUCAAGAUUUGGAAGUGCGUGUGGAGGGAGGCAUUGGUACAAUUACAUUGUCUAGGGAGGAGAAAUUCAACAGUUUCAGGCAAGGAACUUACUCAGCAUUGCAGCAAGCAUUGCAAGACUUGGCGGAGCGAGAUGAUGUCAGUAUAACGGUGCUGACUGGAAAGGGCAAGUUCUUCAGUAGUGGUGCAGACUUCACAGAGGAAAGGGAAGCUCCAAAAUCCAAACAUGAAGCUUGGGUCAAGUUUAGAACUGUCCUCGAAUUUGCUACCGCGGCAGUCACACGGGCGGUAAUUGACCACCCAAAGCCAUUGGUAGUGCUGUUGAAUGGGCCGGUGAUUGGAUAUCCCGCUGGCGUCAUUGCGAAUGCGGAUAUCAUCUAUGCUGCCGAGUCUGCAUACCUUUCUUGCCCAUUCUCCUCCCUUGGACUUUGCGCGGAAGGAAACUCAUCGUUGGCGUUCGUGCAAAGAAUGGGGCUGGGCCCGGCGCAGGAAGCACUGCUGUUUGGCAAACGCUUCACUGCACGGGAGCUAGAGAAAGUCGGGUUUGUCAACCGAGUGUUCAGCAAUGAGGAGUUCGCUUCCGAAACGACUAAAUUACUACAAGGAGCAGUGAAGACAUGCCACCCAACUUCCAUGCUAGUGACAAAACGGCUCAUUCGAUCUGCUUUCAAGGACCAACAAUAUAAGACCCUCAUGCAUGAAACAGAUGCCCUUACAGAACGGUAUAUGUCUGGUGACCCCGCGAUAGCAUUCAAGAAGCUGAUGGAGCGUAAUGCUGCUAAAUCUCGUGGUAGCAAGCUCUAAUUUCGGUAUUGAGCAGUACCUCCCUUAGCGCUGUAAAGCUAUAAAUAAACUCAUUCAGUUUUGACUUCCAAAAUGCGUAAGAAUUGUUUCAAAAUCAUCUCAAUUUACAUAUGUACAAAAGAAGGCCAUGCUCAAUUUUCUGCAUAAUAAUUGCUCAAGUCGCCAAUGUUCUCCACAUCGCUAAAGACAAAA